AGAAUGAAUGCAAAGAGCCUAAAGAACACUUCCUGUUGAUGCAAAAAUUGCAGCAGCAACUGUGUGACACAUCUGGACUGGAGAGGGGGGGAGGCCUGGCUGUAGCGAGCUGCUGCUGAGGGGAAUGGACAGCGUUUAGUGAUAAAUUUAACAAGACGGUGAGUUUGGUGGACCUCGGCUUUGGCGUGGACCGGUGACCGUGAUGCGUUUGUAAUGUCGGCGCGUCUGAGCAUUCACAGUGCUGUCGGCAAACUGGAGAAACAUAUCCAAGAAAUGGACGACGGCAGCUACAUCGAGUUUGAUGUGCCGGAGUUCAGUAACACUGUUCUGACCCAACUCAACGAGUUGCGGCUGCAAGGGAAGUUGUGCGACAUCAUCGUUCACAUUCAGGGGCAGCCGUUUCGCGCUCACAAGGCUGUCCUGGCAGCUAGUUCACCCUACUUCCGCGACCACUCAUCCCUCAGCACCAUGAGUGGCCUUUCCAUUUCGGUCAUCAAAAGCCCCGAGGUGUUCGAGCAGCUCCUCGCGUUCUGCUACACGGGUCACAUGUCCCUGCAGCUCAAGGACAUCAUCAGUUUCCUGACCGCUGCCAGCUUCCUGCAGAUGCAGGCCAUCAUCGACAAGUGCACCCAGAUCCUGGAGAGCAUCCAUUCCAAGAUCAGCCUCCCAGUGAGCGUCUGCAGCCCAGACAAGGACAACUUGCAAAGCAGCCGCAACGGGGUCAACGACAGCAGCCUCUUUAUAAACCCUACCCAGAUCUCCCCCCCGUACUACUCCCGACACGGUCAGGCAGGGCACGAGCUGGCGGGGAAAGGCCUCGGCCGGGCGCGGCAGCAGCCGGAGGAGGGCCAGUCGGACCGGGGCAGCAGCGACAGCGUGUCCGAGCACGACGCGCCCAUGGAAGGAGAGACGGAGCAAGUGGAGCUGAUCGGGAAAGACGGCCAGGUGACGGACGUGCACGUGAAGAUAGAGAAGACCGACAGGCCCACCUACUCCGACAGCUCCUCCGCCGGCGACGACGGCUACCACACCGAGCUGGUGGACGGGGAGCAGGUACUGGCGGUCAGCGUGGGGUCCUACGGUCCGGUCAUCCAGCCUGCUGCCUAUUCUUACUCAGGGCUGUCCUCCCCGUGCUUCGUCAACCUCAGCAGUUCCAGUCCCUCGCGUUCCAUGCUCAGCGGCUUCAGGGGCGGGCGGGCCAGGGCCAAGCGCCCGCUGGCCAUCCCGGCCGGGGUGCUGAGCCACAUCAAGCCGGGCUCGGAAGACGGCGAGCCCGCCGUGGGGCCCGUGGGAUUAGAGAACGACGUACGAGAGCGCAGCCUGCGGAGCCAGUGGUACCCGUACAACGAGAGACUCAUUUGCAUCUACUGUGGGAAGACCUUCAACCAGAAAGGGAGCCUGGAUCGCCACAUGCGCCUGCACAUGGGAAUCACCCCGUUCGUUUGUAAGUUCUGUGGCAAAAAGUACACGAGGAAAGACCAGCUGGAGUACCACAUCCGUGGCCACACGGACAACAAGCCCUUCCACUGUCAGAUCUGCGGCAAAUGCUUCCCGUUUCAGGGCACCCUUAACCAGCACCUGAGGAAGAAGCACAUGGGAGCCUCGGAAGGCAACAAUCACACGGACUCUCCAGAGAGGACGGAGGGAAGCUCAGGUCAGAAGGACCAAGAGGAGGCGUCGGAGGGCAUGGCCUUUGAGGCGCAAUAUGCAGAAGAGGCACCAGCCAACGAUAUAGAGGAGAGUUCGAAAUGCAGUCCGGAGGAGGCUCAAGCGUCGCGGUGUGAUUUUUAGGUCCUGCUUCAGGUUAAGGAAGCUUUAAGAAAUGUUUCUUUCAACUCAAGUUAAAGGACUCUCUUCUUUUUUUUUAAUUUGCUCCCUCUACUAUGGACGUUUCUUGUGUCAAGGGUUUCUGUCUGUUUGUGGAAGUUAGAAGCUAAUGCGGAGAGAAAAUGGGUGCUUUUUAGAAAUUUUAAUCUUUCAAGCAAAGGGAGUAACAACUUACUAUUUUUAAGGAGGUCCCAAUAAUCAAGACCCCCUUGGUUGAUUUCUCUUUUUAUCUUUCCAUGUUUUUUAAACAUAUUUACAGAGUUAUAUAGGCAUGUUGCAAUAAUUGAUAAUGUGAAAGCUCUGGUAAGAUGCUUGUCAUAUCACCUUUUUACCUGACCUGUUUUUGCACAUGUGGCCACAGGAGGUCACUUACUCACAAGGAAUGAUUUUUCUGCCAGUGCAAAGCUUCGUGUGACAUAUCCGUUCAAUACCUCAUAACACAACUACAUACUCAUAACAGACAGUAUUUCAGCGUUAACAAAACUCACCGGGUUCUACCUCAUAGCCAAGAACCUACCAGGCACACCUGUUUUCACCGUUUGAAUCCGUUUUAGGUUGUAUAUGUAUAGAACCUUUAUUGCCAAACCCUGUAAAGAAUCUCCUGGUCUUUCGACACAAAGCCUUGAUACUUCGGGGAAAUAUUCCUUGCUGAUUGUAUGGAUCCGAGACAAAGUCCUUGUAAAAUGUUUCACGGUCAGCCAGGUUAAAAUGAUGCUUAAGAAGGUGCUAUGUUAGGAGUGCAUUAAAAAUUUGCUAGCUUACUUGUGUGCUUUCGGCAAAAUGUGGAGAAUAGAGUAAGAGAAUGGCCCUGUUAUUUCUCAAGAUACAAGCUUGCUGUCUUGUAACAUUUGUUCUCCCGAACACGUCAGGAUUUUCUCUCUCAUCACUACUGGUGGUCUCGCUCUUUCGGCCAAGGCGUGCUUUUAGAUACUGCCACCCAUUUAAUGGGUGAAUAAUGUCCACACAGUGAAAGGUAUUUGUAUUCCUCUAUACCUUUGGCGAUUUUAUACACGACUAUUGUAAUUGUACUUGUUUUGUCCUGAGGUAGGCUUCCAAUUUAAUGCUCUUCGUCUCGCAGAGGCGAGAGCGGUCAUUGUCAACUCAGCACAGCAGGAACAGCUCUGAAACUGUUCACAUAAAUCACUAUAGUGUACUAGUCUGAACAAUAUGCAAACAGAAAGAACAAAGGAACUGCAGCCAUUGUGACAUGGUUUUUUUCUUCCGUUUUUCGAAAGAGCUCUGGUUUUCUUCGUGUCCAAACUCGCGCGAUGAGACAAAAUGAUCUGUGAUCCUCGUCUUCUCAGUUGUUUGGCGUCGAAUGCAGAUUGGGGACGUGUUUUUCUUCUCUGUGGAUCCUCCCCGUCGAGGCCGUCAGAUGUGGCAGAGCCAGAUUCCGGCUGAGAGGCAGCCGGCAAUCCAAAGUAUCGAUGCACUUUGCAGAGUUAAUGGGUGGGCCGGGCGCCAUCCCGGUGAUUAAACGUGCUAAUUUCUGUCGUUUCACGGCGGCGGGGAAAAUGUUGUGAACUUUAGCGAAACUCUGCAGUCACGGAAAUAACACCGGCUACAAGUGGUGCAGAUGACAGCCUGCCUCAUUCUGCAUAAAUUUCAAACGAUCUGGGUCAGAGAUGAGAGUGAUGUUUAAACAUUAACUUGUUUUUAUUGUUCUUUGUGGUAUAAAGUCUAAAUUCAGAGGUGAGAGGCCUGAUGGAUUAUUUUAAAGCUCAGCUGGGUGCUUCCUUCCGCGAUAUCCCGCUCUCCUGUUUGCCAUCCAGAUUGUUAAAUGCCUUUACCACAGAGCUCUCGCUUCACGCUUUUUACUCUGCCCAUCUGGAACUUGUGUCAAUGAAUUGAACAUUAGCUGAUUGUUUUAUUUUAUUUUUUCUUUCUCAUACUUUUCUGUUUUGCGUGCGCUCGGUGGGGGAACCUGGUGUUUCGUUGCUCGUGCCUCCUCUCACGCGGAGCGCGGUCGCUUUCUUCCUCUGAAUGUUGCCGUCGCCGUCAGUUGACAGUUCAGAUAGCGAACCAAAAUGUGGGGAGUUUCGCAUAACUCGGUUUAGCUAGCUUUUCUAAGGGGGGGAGGGAUUUUUUUUUUGUGUACGAAUUGAUCCUUAAACACUUUUUUUGUCCAUCAGCAUCCACACUCUGUCAGCCUGAACAGUACUUUCUAGGUGAAUGUUUACCAGGUUUAUUUGUUUCAGCCACUGAUGUGAUGUACAGGAUUAUCAACUAAUCUGACCUCAGCGAAAUCAGUCUUUGACUCCUCAGCCCUUUCUUUUUUUUUUUUUGUUGCCCUUUGGUAUUUUGUGAAAAAAAAAAGAAAGGUACAAACGAAAGAGUUUUUGUGCCAAGAGACCACACCAAAGACUAGCGAGUGAUUUUCAAUGGUAAAUUUCGACUGUAUUGCAGAAUUGAAUGCUCUUUACGAAGAACAGGUUCCUGAUUUUAAUGUAGGCCUGGUUCAGUGCUAUUUACGAAGGAAUGUAUGUUCCCCAGCUUAAAACAAUCAUUUGUGUAAAAUUUGAACAAUUUGCUCAUGCGUCAAGUAGCAAAGUCAGAAGCAGCAUCCUCGAUAAAGCCAUACAGAAGCUGACAUGAUAAAAGUUGUGCAAUAGGUAUUGUAAUUCCUGAAAGCCAAUGUAAAAAACAACAACAACAACAACAAAAAAGAGAAAAUACUUCACAAAAAGUGGCAUUUUACACUUAGUGCCUUGCCACAAGCUUUAUACUUUAGAUCCUGGCACUUAGAUUGCUGUGCCUCUUUCACUUUGAGAUGAAUCAAAAAGAGAUUACAAUAAAAUAUGGCCGCCUUCUGUUAUUGUGAAGUAGAACCAAGAAUGAAUAGAAAUGAAUCCAUGCCAUCCUCGUCUGUUCUGUUGUAUUCUCAGCUCAAGCCUUUGAUUCAAGUCGUUUUUUUUUUUUUUUUUUUUUUUUUUUUUUUUGUUCUGUGUAACAGUCCACUGAUUUAACUCGAUUUCGUAGCAACUAACUACAAUCAGACGAGGCGGACUUGUUGUCUGCAAGCAGUGAAACCUCACAUCCAGAGACGAUACUGUAUCCUUCCUCUCUACAGUCUUGAGGACAAUCGAAGCAACGUACUGUAGUUAACAAGGCGUUUUAGCGAAGGGAGGAGAUCGCGGCUCCGCCUCCUCUCGGUUCUCUCGGAUUAUCAGGCAGGUGAAGAACCGCCCCGAGCUUCCAGCAGAGCGUUAACUGAACAUCUGUGCAGAUGAAAGCUUACCCUCAUAUACUGUAGCUGAAAUGCACGUUGCUCAAUCACAAAAUUGUAUAAAAAUGCCAAUGAAUUUGUUUUUGCUUAAUUGUAAUUUGUGUCAUUGAUUGCGCACUUAACAGUUCUUAUUUUAUUUUUUUGUUAAGUCCAUACUAGUUCCAUCCAGGAAGUCUAGUUAUCUCCGUAGUUACCUGUAAGGAACUCAGCUACAAUGGCCUCAAUCACUUUAUUUGGGACCUUUCCCCUUUAAAUGGUGCUUUUUUUUUUCUUUUUUUUUUUAAUUUUCUCCUCAUCAAAUGAGCGAAGAAGUCCAUGUAUUUGUUAUUGGUGGAUGAAAGGGGGGGUUGCUGGUUGUUCAAACUCUAUUAAUGAACUACGAUUACUCGCAUCCGUACAGAACCAACUGAACUUGACACACACUCAACCCGGCUCUCUGUCGACUCUUAGGUCCAGCCCUCUGAGAGCAACAGCAGACGCGUUUUUGGGCCACAAGUAAUCAAAAGGAAGUGUUUACAAGGAAGGCUGUCAGACUACUUUUUUGAAAUUGCAGCUCGUCCUAUUCCUUUUAUAAGAAACUCACUUCAGGUAGUUUACGAACACUGAUACAGGCUUAGAAAAAAAUCGUAAGUCUUCCAUAGCUUUUCUGUCAGUUUCUGUCCACUGUGUAUUAUUGAAACAACAAAAAAAAAAAAAAGAAAGAAGCAAUAACCUUUUUAAAAAAAGCGAAAGUGGUGUAUUGGGAUCAUCAAGCCUAUUGAAAUAUUGGCCUGUCAUAUAUCCAACAAAAUGAAUGUCAGGGAGCUGAUGAAUCGAAUAAGGACCAGGACAAUUUGAUAUCGAUUUAUUUUUUAUAUAUUUUCUGAAACUUUGGACAGGUCGACUCCCUCUUUUGGGAAAAAAGAAAAAGAAAACACAAAGUGGUGUUGCUUGCUGAUUGUUCGAAAUGCUCGUCAAAAAAAAAAAAAAAAAAAAAUCCAGUGGUAGUCAGUAAACUGCAACAAAGGAACUGAGCGCGUGGUUCAGUCAUGGAUACUCAGUGGCACUGUUCAGAGUUGCGCCUCCAGCUGAGUCAUAUAAUGAAAGGGAUCUUUGGGCUGUAAAGCCACUGUUUGGGAGCAGGUGAUCUGCGGGCAUGUCCAGGUUCACUGAUCUCCAUCCUCUCCUCCGGCACCGAGACAGUAGUCGCAGUCGUUCUGGAUUAGAGGGGGAAACUUUCUUUAACUCCUGUGGCUCUGCACUGCAUUGUCUCCGGCUCAUGUAUUUGAUGAUAAGGCAAAAAAAAAAAAAAAAAAAAAAGAAGAAGAAAAAGUUAGAA